AUGGCAAUAUGGCCCGCGGACGAGGAAAUUACUUGGACAAAAUUCAAGGACCAUUUCCGCAAGUAUCAUAUUCCCACCGGAAUUAUGAAAAUCAAGCAACGCGAAUUCCUCGACCUCACUCAAGGCAGCAUGACAGUCAACGAGUAUCUGAAUAAAUUCAACCAUUUGGCCCGCUAUUCUCUCCACGAUGUGGCAACAGAAGAACGGAAGAUCGACAGGUUUCUUGGAGGACUGAAUCAGCAUCUCAGGUGCACUCUCAGCAUGUUUGAUUUUCUGGACUUCCUGACUCUGGUGAACAAGGCCCUCAUCGCAGAAAGGGAACACAAACUCCUCCACGACAACAAGCCAGCUGUUAACGACCACAAGCACAAAUUCGAGCCGGAGAAGGAUAUGACACCAGUGCAGAAGGGUCGUACUUGGCAACAGACUCAAGUUGAGUACAAACCCAACUGGCAGCAGAAUGUCAACAAGACUACCACUCAAGUCAAGAAUGUCGUGACCAGCCCGGUGCAUGAAGAUUCUCAGCACAACAAUUCAUGCUUCAGCUGUGGUCAAACCGGAUACUACGCCAGGCAGUGUCCCAAGAACAACAAACAAGCAGCUCCAUUCCAUCCGCAAGUCAACUACAUGGAGCCGUAUUCCGCCCCAGAUAUGAUCCAGGGGAAAAUUCAUCAUAUCUCCACAGACGAGGCCCAAGAGGACCCGGAAGUCGUCAUUGGAUUCUCCAAGAUCGCCAAGACAAUGACUGAGCUCCUAAAGAAGGAUAAGAACUUUGAAUGGACUAAGGACUGCGAACGAAGUUUCAAUGAGUUAAAAAUCAGGCUGACAUCGGCACUAGUAUUAACUCUCCCAGACAUCUACCGCAGUUUUGAUGUCUACUGCGAUCCAGAAAAGGGCUUGGAUGUGUACUCAUGCAAGAUGGCAAAGUUAUGGCUUAUGCAUCCUGACAACUGCGGCAACAUGAAGAAAACUAUCCUACGCAUGAUUUGGAAUUGGCUGCAGUGCUGCACGUUUUGA